AUGUCAGUAUAUGGGGACAUGGGAAGCAGUCUAAUGAGCGCACGGGGGUAUGACAGUGACGCUCAGUAUAUUGGGACUCCACGGCACCUCGAGCCUUUAAACACAUCGCCCAAUAGUCCAGCUUUCCGCGGGAUGGAGUUGAAUGACUUGAUAGAGGGAAGCCGUGAGCGGAAUGCCUCAGAGCUUUGGACUGACAACAGAGUCCAAACUCAUCCGAACGGUCCUGGGCCUCCAUUUGGCAUGCAUUUUAUACCCACUCCCCCAGGAAGUAUGAGAGGGCAGCCACGAGGAGCUCAUGCUAAACCUUCAAUGGAGGGAACAAGCAGUCAGUCUGUUCCGUCACUCGGAAAUGGUGGAUCUGGUCACCGAGACGCCUUUACUAAAUCUCUUCCAAGCCUCCACCCCAGCCAAGAAAUUGCGUCAAGUCAAGAGCAUCUGCGGGCUCGGGAUGGCGUUGUGGGUGGCAGUGGUGAAAACCUUCAGAGCCUCGUGGCUGAUUGGGCCCAAUAUCUGGGAGGGAGCCCCCAGGGUUACCGCACGGCGUCUUCGGGGUCUGUACACAACCAACCACAAGAAAUAUUGGUUUCCAAAAGAAGACAGCAACCGGGAUCUCAAAGAACAGUUCAUGAAUUUCGAGCACCGCGUUUGGGCGAUAUGGGUAUCUCGCAGAGAGUUGCGGGGACAGACAUGGGGUCCGGACAGACAUCAAUCAAUCCAUCCAUGUCAGAUCUUGCGCAUCCAAAAAGAUACGGUUCGCUCAUGGCGUCUCAGGAAAAUGUGCUAUCAUCUGUAAAGUCAGGGGCAUCAACAAUCGUGGGUGUCGAGGCUCACAAGCAGGCAAUGCUUCACAAACGAGAUGUCUCCUCUUUCUACUCACGCCAAAGCAGCAACCCUUCAGGAGAGGCAUCCCCAGUCACUCAAUCACUCAGAGCUUGCGCGGAAAAUUCCAGAGGCAAUAUGCCAAUCAUCCAUCAAGAUAUGCGUGAUAAGGCUCACGUCAUCGACAACCAGCAAUAUCUGAGAACCGAGUUGCGGAUGGGCAGAUUCGUUGAGCAGUUUGGGGAUAGCAACUUGACAUUGGUCCAGGAUCAAGACAUGUCCAGCGAAAUGGCAGGACAGCGGAAGGUCAGUCCGGGGUGGAUGACUGGCGGCCGGCGAAUGGGGUACGGAUAUACCAUGGUGGACAACGCUGAAAGGGAGCCAACACAUAUCGAUGGAAUCGACAGUCCACUCCCAAACGGGGGUUGGCGCAAGCAGACCCCAGAACCGACACCUAGUAAUGUCCAAACGCGGGAGAUGAACGGGUCUCUCCAGCAUCAAACCGACAUGGCACAAUCAACUCACUCGGGUUCGCCAGAACAGAGCCCCAUCUGCCAUUCUCCUGAUAAUCGCCGCUUGUCCAAUCCCAAAAAUCCUACCAAGGCCUUGGGUGGGCCCAUUUCAACGCCGGAUUUGUGGGCAAGAAUGAAAAGUCGUUCAGUCCGAGCUUCCAGGCACGCGCCUCUCGCGGUGGACCUAGCAGCAGAUCAAAUGGCCGCUAGAAGCUCUCAUAGCCCAAUCGCGGUACGAGAGCAGCAAAAGGCACCCACACUGUCUAAGGGUGUUGAUUAUGUCGAAGACACAGAAUCAUUUCUGGGUCGAUGGACAAAGAAUAGCCUCUUCAAAGACAUGCAGCCGCAGCCACUCAAGGCCAACAAGGUCAACGGCUUCCAGAGUGAAGAAAGACAACCUUUCCAAGAAGGUUCACCAUCCGUACAACGCCGUUUCUCGAUGGAUCAGACGAAUCGGCCUCAAUCCGUAUACUUUGACUCCGGGAAUACCGGGAGUGCAGACCAAGUGGAAGAGACACCGACACGUUCUCAAAGUGGACGUUGGAUUCUAAGAUUCUCCAGGAACAGGGAAAGCCAGCGACGCUCGAAUCUCCAUCCAAAAGAGCCAUCUCAGGACUCAUCGGUACAGUACCAAGAUCGUGAACAUCAAGGGUUGGGACGAACAAACUCCACCCGCAGCGAAAUGGCAGAGGAGCUGGCGAGUGCGUAUCAGGAAUGCAUUGAAAUGCCAGGGGCAUUCCGUGGCAGCAAAUGGGCUAGCCGGACUAGUCUGGUGGUGGAAGCGGAGUGA